AUUUUGUUGGCGCGAUUUUUAAUUAUUUCUUGGAAAAUAACUGAUAUUACUGUAAGAUGGUCUGAUCUUGUAAUAAAGAGUAUGUGUUGGAAGUUUUAAUUCUAGCUGUUGUUACUUGUGUGAUUAUUUUUUUAUAGGAAAUUAUUUACAUUACAGCUAAGGGGAUGGUGUUUGUUUACCAUAUAAUUUGUUGUCGUUGUUUAUAAUAGUUGUUGAUGUUGUUGUCAAUGUUCAUGUUGUUGGUGUUGAUGUUGAUGUUGUAGUUGCUUUUUCUGUUGUUGUUGUUGUUAUAUUGUUGUGAGGCCCACCAAGGGUGUAACCCAGGUCGCUUGUCACUCAUUUUGUAGCUGCUUUGUCGCGUUUUAUUGUAAUAAAUGUCGCUGUCACUUUUGACCCAUACACAAAUCGCAAUUUGUUGCUUUUUACCAGUCAGAAGCUGUCGUUUGUCUCUCUUUUUUAGAUAGUCUGUCGCCUCUUUUUAAGGAAUGUUGCCUGUCCGUCAUAACCCCUUGGUGGGCCUCUGUUGUUGUUGACAAUGUUCAUGUUGUUGUUGGUGAUGUUGUUGCUGUUGUUACUGUAUUGUUGCAAUGUUGUUGUUAAUGUUCAUGUUGUUUGCAUAUUGUUGUUGUUGAUGAACAUUGUAGUGUUGUUGUUGUCAAUGUUCAUGUUAUUGUUGCUGUUGAUGUGACUGUAUUAUUGUUGUUGUUGUUGUCAAUUAUCAUGUUGUUGUUGCUGUUGCCACUGUAUUGUUGUUGUUGCCAAUGUUUAUGUUGUUGCUGCAUGUUGCUGUUGCUACUGUAUUGUUGUUGUUGUCAAUGAUCAUGUUGUUGUUGCUGAUGUUACUCUGCUGUUGUUGUUGUCAAUUAUCAUGUUGCUGUUGCUAAUGUAUUGUUGUUGUUGCCAAUGUUUAUUUGGUUGAUGUUACUGUAUUGUUGUUGUCAAUGUUUACGUUGAUGUUGUUGUUGUAAUUGUAUUGUUCUAAAUGUUCCCGAUCAUGUUGUUAUUGUUGUCAACUAACACAUACUAAUACCAGCUAGUUGCCACGUACCGGCCAAUAUAUGCAUUCACAUACUUGAUUUAACCUUUGGAUUAUACAACCCACUAUCAGAACACCAAUAACUAUAGACUUGCAAGUUUUCCAAAAAUCUGCAUGCAUGGAUAAUUGUGUGACAACAAAUGUGCAUGCAAACAUGUCUUGAUUGGGAAAACAUACGAGUAUAAAUAACUCCAGACGAAGGGCGUGCACUCGAAACGUCGAAAUUCCCCUUAUAUUUUUCAGGUUGUUUGCAUCCCUACCAAUGAAAGCUUGUUUAUACUACUUAGUACUAAAUACUAGUUCUAAAAUCAUUUUCAAUUUACCUCUGCCAGAGACCGGUUGGCUUCAAUCAAUCAUCAUAUCAUGUUAUCAAAUCUUCCUGACCAAUUUGGUAAUUAUAAAAUUGUGUGCUGCUAAUUGAUACAAUUUCAGUCUUUGUUCAACAUGAGCUACUGGUGACAUCACUUUUUCUUUAACUUCUUAUCAGUGAAUGCAGUGUGGCUGUGUGUAGUCGCUUUUCUCUGGGGCUUCACAAAUCCUUUUAUCAAGCGAGCGGGAAGUGGCAUUGAGUCGAUCAAAAAAGAAAAUUAUGUGAGCCAGUUUUUAGCCGAAUUAAAGUUCCUUUUUACCAACUGGAAAGUAAGUAAAACAUAAUGCAGGGGUCUGAAAUAUAUUUUUUCAGUAGCAGGAUUCAAAGUUCUAGUAUUCCAUCUGAGGGAUCCUAUAGUUACCAUAAAUUUUAGCAUCCAUGAACCAUGAAAGUGAGUAUACUGCUAUUACUGCUAUUAUUGGUUUAUUUGCCAAAUUUGCUAUUUACAAGAUAUUAUAAUAAAAUAAAGUCGGCAAGGAGACCUCAAGAAGCUUAGAGCUUGUGUGAAUUGCCACGUACCCCAUCUCAAAAUUCAAAGUUACAUAUUUAAUUUAUUAGUAUAAUAUAGUUUCAGUUACAGACAUAUAUAAUGAAAUUGAAAUUAAGUUACAGACAUAUAUAAUGAAAUUGAAACAUAAUGAAGUUAAGAGAGAAAAUUUACGAAAUUGUAUAAUAGAUUUUCCAAUAAUAUAAUUUUAUAUAUUCUUACUCAAUAUUCGAUAAACAUGGUCAUAGCAUAUCAGAGCUAGCUGUUUAACUUCGUUAUUCGUUAAGCAAAAAAUUUCGAAGCUGCAUCUUGAAAGAAGAGAUUGUGUUUAUAACAGUUAUAUUUGUAGGUAAAGAAUUCCAAAUAUUCGGUCCUGAGUAUAAAAUGGUGAACUGUUUAAUAUUAGUUUGACAAGCAUGAGAUCUAUAGUUACCAGCAGAUCUGGUGUUAUAACCAUGUAUUUGAUUGUUUGUUGUAAACAGUUCAUCAAAGCAUGUUGGCAACAUGCAAUGAUGAUAUAAAAACAUAAACUUGCCAAUGUGAAAUGAAUAUAUACAGUACAUGUCUCUCAUUGUUAUAAAUUACAAUUAUAACAACAGAUUUUGUAAUUUUCAGUCGGAAUACAAUUAGUCGUUCACAGUUUGGUAUCCAAAACCAAAUUUUAGUAUCAUGUUGAUGUUGGGAAACUGGAAAUUUCGUGACAUAUGAAUUCUUUAAAAUAGUUUUUGGUUGUUACUUAUAGUGGUAUAUGAUUUGCUUUCUUUAGUAUCUUCUGCCAUUUUUCAUCAACCAACUUGGCUCUGUUGUAUUUUACAUCACAUUAUCAUCAGCAGGUCAGAAAUUGUGUUUUUGUGAACUACUGACAAAUGCGCUCAUUGCCGAUUAGAUUGCAAAUUGUAACAUUCAAGCACAUGCAUGCAAUGUUUUGCAUACACUUUGUUCUCAAGAAUGUACGCCUAUGCGUACCUAUUUUUACUUUUACACUUGGUUUUUCACACAAGUGUUUUAUUCUGUCCAAUGCCAGACGAUUUCACUGACAGCUAAAGCUGAAUUACAAAGGAUGUGGCUCAACCUGUGGGCACUUAUCAGACCACCUGACAGGGACGUUGAGAUGUCAUUAACAUUGGGGGGGGGGGGUAGUGAUCUUUUGAGCAAGUUUUGGCGGACCGUUUGAGCAACUCAGGUUGACUAUUGUUAAUCCAUAAUCAGGUUUUAAUUUUUUAUGACAGAAUUAUCAUUGGCAGUGCCUAUAACAAAUUCUCUUACAUUUGUAUUCACGGUGUUGGCUGGCACUUUGCUGGGAGAAAGUAUAGAAAACAAGGGUAAGUCCGUCUACAGGGUGUUAGCCAGAAAAAAAAUUGGGAAAGUUAAACGUAAAUUGGGAAAGUUUUUUUGACCGAUAUCCCUGUGUAGGAAUAAAUAGUGUUUUUUUCCAACGUGUUUCUCCUUAGAUGCAAACAACGGUAGCUUGGUUUUGUACAUUUCAUUUCCGGUGAAUGAACACUGAAAAAUACACCCGAUGGCACUUCGUUUUGCAUAUUUCAUUUCCGGUGAAUGAACACGGAUACACACGGAUACACACGAUUACACUUUGUUUUGUACAUUUCAUUUCAGUGAAUACACACCCAAUAUGAAUGAAACGCGAUACAUUUUGAGAAAAUAGUUAAUGGGAAAAAGUUCUUUGUAAAUAAUAAGGCCAAAAAAUAAAACGUUCUUUGAUAUAAUAAGGCCAAAAAAAAAUAUGUGGGUUUCCGGUUUCCCGACCCUACCUAUCUUUUGGACGUCGAAAUCCCGACCACUGAACUCGACCCUGAACUUUUUUAUUGGAUCAUGCUUGUAAGUGUUUCCACUUAGAGGAAAAAGUUUGUGGAAAAUUGAAAUUUGAGGAAAUAUUAGGGAAAUUUAUCUUUGGAUGUGGAAGCACUGACUAAACAAAAUGGCGUCCGCUUAUUCGGAAAAUUAAAAAAAAAGUUUAAAAAAAAAAGUUGAAACCGACCUACCCUACCUAAGUUUUUAUAAGAAGAAACCGGAAACCCACAUUUUUUUUUUUUUGGCCUAAUAUAAAAUCAAACACAAUGCACUUUCUCGUCAGAAAAAAUGAUAGACCCAGUUGGGAAAGCCCCUUAGCUAGCUACUUCAAUUGUGAAGAGUUCGUCAAACGGACAGUAUAUGGGCUAGCUAACACCCUGGUCCGGCUACACUAUGAAAGUUUCUGUAAUCACAGUAGGAAUUUUACAUCGGUAAAAGGAUUUGUAAGAAAUAUUUGAGGGAACUGACUGAAUUUCCUCAAACAUUUCGUACAGUCAGAUCCUUCAAAACUUAGAAUGUACCUAUAUGCAAAAUUCCUACUGUGGUCACAGAAACUUUCAUAGUAUAAUUUAUAAACCAGCCUAAGUAUGAGGACCGAUUUUAUGCUGAGAUGCUUAACUGUGCACAAUUCUUCUGAAAUACCAACCCUUUUGGCCUUUAUUUAAGUGUGUUGCGUCCAAUACAGUCACGUGAAAACACGCACGUUGUUACAGAUCUAAGUCUGGAACAAAUUAUCAUCUUGUUACAAGGUUCAUGACUGUAACAGACUUGCGACAAGUUGUUCCAACAAGAAUAAUACAACUAGGCUGUCCGUAACAAGUUGCUACGAGCUUGUUGUCAUUAGUAUAGGUAAUCAUGCGAUGGCGAGUACAAUUAGGGAUUAAUAGUACGAGUGAUGUUUGGAAAUUUUGCCAAAAUUGGACGAGCCGCCGGGGCGAGUCCAAUUUGGCAAAUUUCCAAACAUCACGAGUACCAUUAAUCCCUAAUUGUACGAGCAACAUCGCAUGAUUACUUGUUUAUUAUUAGCAUGACAAAAUUGGAUACGUACUUCUCAAUGUCAGCAUCAUAUUCUCUCGCCAAAGCCCAGUCCCGCCAGACUUUCAACCAAAAUUUGGUGCUUUUGUUUGUAUUUUCAUUUAGUUCUUUUGUUAAAGCAAAAUUUGGUGAUUUUGUUCGUAUUUUCAUCUAGUUCCUCCACGGCAAUUUCAUUUCACGCUCGAGUUUAAAAUACGUUUCCGCCAUUUUGUUUGUUUUGGGAAAAUCAUUAAUUGUACUGCAGUACAAUUAAUGAAAUAAUUGUACUCCUCUCAACCAAUCAGCAUCCAGUAAUUUUGUCAUGCUAAUAAUAAACUUGUUAACAACUUGUUACGUGCAGACGACAUCAGACCAUAGCUAUCUUAUAUACACUAGAUAGUGCAUCUAAUUAUUCUACAAUUCAAAAAUUGAAGCCGUGAUUGCAGACUCAGGAUAUUCCCAUGAAAUGAGAGGAUUCGUAUGUUUUCUAUUUCUUAAACAAGGAACUUAAACAUUAAGUUAAACCUAUUCCAAAUACAUUUUUAAACUAUUCAAAUGAUGAAAGUUAUUGUUGUUUUUUAAGCGUUUAUUAGCGAGUGGGAAACACCAAUAUGGCCGCACCAUCUAUUCAAAUGGGGAUAACCGCUGGAAUAUUCUUGGCUUCAAUUUUACUGAAAGAGAUGCGCUAUCUAGUCUAUAUAAGAUAUCUAUGCAUCAGACUUGUUGGAUCAACUUGUUGCGAGUCUGUUGGCCUCAUCAACCUUGUUUUCAGACUUGUCAACAACUGGGAACAAGCAGCACUGGAAAAAAAUUUGAAAAUCCAUAGAAGGUCAUAGAGUGGAAAUUGUAUGGACCUUUAUUGGAAAUAGCAUGGAUUCUGAUUAUCCAUAAUAAUUGUAUAUUUCCAUACUAUAUGGAUAUAGUAUCGAAAUAGUAUGGAUAUACUAAUAAUACUAUGGAUUUAGUGGUGCAAUUGUAUAAAUUUCAAAGUAUGGUUUUCACAUUUUUUCCCCAGUGCAGUGCGAACACAACUUGUUGCCAAGCUGUGAGAUUUCGUUCUCUUUGUUAUAGAUACGUAUAUUGGCAUGGUUUUAGUCACUGCUGGCGUCGGGAUAUGUGUGGCAGGGAAAACGUGACAUUGUUCAAAACUGAUUAAACACUACAGUAAAAGAUGAAUGAUUACCACUAGACGUGGAAAAAACUGGACCCUCUCUCGUCUUUAGUAUUCUCUUUUGGACAACUUGCAUGUUACGGCUGAUUUCCACUGUUGCGUUUUUCGUACGCACGUAUACACGCACGUAAAACUUUGAAUCCUUCUAUUUUUUAAAUAUUUUACAAAUAAGUUAACAAAUGCAUACUAAAACUUGCGGAACACUAAAUUCUGUUGCUUUAUUUAUUUGGUUAUUUCAUAAGUAACAUUUAAACGAAUUUAAAGUUUUACGUGCGUAUACGUACGUAUGAAAAACGCAACAGUGGAAAUCAGCUUUUAGACUAAAUUUUAAUCUAAGUGAAGAGAAGGGAAUCAAACACCACAGCUAAAAAGAACAUAAUGAAAUUAGUAAAAUUGCAAAAUUUGGUUGCGAAAUGAUAUAAAGCUUGGAAAAUAUAGCCUUGCAAAGUUUGCAAAUUUUGUAUAUGUUUGUAUUACGUGCGGAAAUUGUUACCCGAUUUUCGGCUCAAAAAUGGUAACAAUUUCCGCACGUAAUACAAACAUAUACAAAAUAUGCAAACUUCGCAAGGCUGUAUUUUCCGUAUUUUACAACAUUUCGUGAGAUGCCAACAAAAUCUUCAGUUGAUAUUUACCCAUAACCUAUAUAUGGCAGUACCCUACAUAUAUACAUAAACUUGUGGUUAGAGCUCGACAACUGGCCUCUGUAGCUCAGUUGGUUAGAGCGCUGCACCGGAAUCGUAUAGGGCGGCAGGUUCGCUCCAUUUGCUCCAAGUCUCUCUUUCACUGUCAUUUCGAUCCACUAUAGUGUACAUUACAUGACGUAGCACGGAGGGGCGGAGCGAGAAAGAGAGACUUGUCAACUUCGGAAAAUCUCGGUUCAAAACUGAACCGAAAAUGCAAGACUUGCUUUAAUUGUUUUCCUUCAAUUUCUUUCUGUAUUAUUUACUAUAAUGGAACUCAUGUUAUUUACACUGUGCUAGAUCAAUACAUAUAAACACUG